AGCGCCAGUCUAGAAGUCCUCAAGUUAGAAACCCUCAAGCUUCCAGGACUGAGCGCCAAUCUAGAAGUCCUCAAGUUAGAAACCCUCAAGCUUCCAUGACUGAGCGCCAAUCCAGGACUCCUCAAAUCAGAAUUUCCCAAGCUUGCAGGACUGAGCGCCAAUCUAGAAGUCCUCAAGUCAGAAACCCCCAAACAGCUUCCAGGACAGAGCACCAAAGUCCUCAAGUCAGAAACACCCAAGAAAAGCAAGACAGGUUUCCAAUGACAGAGAAAAGAUUUCAAAAAAAGGUUUUAACACAACUUUUAGAAAUAAAAGAAGAAAUGCGAAGAAUAGGGAAAAUUGUGGAACCAGAAACUGGGUUCCACUUGUCAACCUUGGGCAGUGAAGACGAGUUUAAGUACCUAGAGAGGCAGCUGGAAAGUGGGAAUACACGGACAGCAAUGGUGACACAGUUAUGUAAAAUUGGAGGGAAAAACUUAAAGGAUAGCACAAGAAGAAUGCUGGACAGUGUUUUCACAAAUUCCCUGAUGUCCACGUUUAACAUGAAAGGAGGAGGUCCACUACAGAAAAGAUCUUUUCAAUCAACUGCCUUAUUCUCAGUCAUCAGAGGGAAGGCAAGAGACAGCACUAGGAUCCAGGCAAAGGGGGCAGAGUCUAUAAAUAGGGGAGGGAAGCUCACCUGGAUCUUUUCUUGCUGCAGUCAGACCCACCUGAGAGAGCAGCUGAGGCCAGCCUUUGUUUGGUGCUUGAUUGGGUAG